GUCAGCAUCUUCUUCUACCAGUGCCACCUUCAAAUACCAACAUAGAAAUAAAAAAUCACAAUCUCUUCUUCUUCUCUCUCCUCUGUUUCUCUUCAUCUUCACUUCACCCUAACCAACCACCUCUCCCUCUGCUCUCGAAUCUGGAUUCGGGUCGGGUAUAGCGAGAAGUCGAAGGCACAGUGUUGAUGAUGAUGGUGAUGAUGGUCACGUUUCACCUUCCACUCGAAGACCCCAUUUCUUGAACGAAACUCCACUCCAUCAACGAAGAAGAAUAUUAUUGUAUUGAAGAGAAAGAGACAGUAGUCAAAGAUGACAGAAGUGUUGCAGUUACCUUCACCUUCACGACGUUGUUCCAAUGAUGGGUCGCACCAAACUGCGCUUAUUAACAACAGUUCCUCAGUGGAAGAAGGGGUGUUGCAGUUGCAGACCCAUUUGGAUUUGGUUGAAGAAGACGAAGAGGAAGAGAAAGAAAAGGACAGGGAAGGAGAUCAGCUUUCUCUUUUGACCCUUUUGAUUGCGACGUUUCGGAAAUCGUUGAUUGGUAGUUGCAGCACCAGUCCUAGAGAUAGUGGUGCCCUUUCUUCUUCUUCAAUGGAGAUUGGUUGGCCUUCCAAUGUGAGGCAUGUGGCUCAUGUUACCUUCGACCGCUUCCAUGGCUUUCUUGGUUUGCCUGUUGAAUUUGAACCUGAAGUUCCCAGGAGACCACCCAGCGCAAGCACAAGCGUUUUUGGGGUUUCAACAGAAUCUAUGCAGCUUUCUUUUGAUGCCAGAGGAAAUAGUGUACCUACAAUAUUGCUGUUAAUGCAAAGACAUUUGUAUGCGCGAGGAGGCCUCCAGGCUGAAGGAAUAUUCAGAAUUAAUGCUGAAAAUAGUCAAGAGGAGCUUGUGAGGGAACAAUUAAACAGAGGAGUUGUACCGAAUGGCGUUGAUGUGCACUGCUUGGCAGGUCUUAUAAAGGCUUGGUUUAGAGAACUCCCAACUGGAAUAUUGGACCCUCUUUCACCAGAGGAGGUGAUGCAGUCCCAGUCAGAAGAAGAAUGUGACCAGCUUGUGAGGCUUCUUCCUCCAACAGAAGCUGCUCUGCUAGAUUGGGCCAUAAACCUAAUGGCAGAUGUUGCUCAAAUGGAACAUUUUAACAAGAUGAAUGCGCGUAAUAUUGCAAUGGUUUUUGCACCAAACAUGACUCAUAUGGCCGAUCCUUUGACUGCUUUGAUGUAUGCAGUACAAGUCAUGAAUUUUCUCAAGACUCUUGUCGUUAAGACACUGAGAGUAAGAGAGGAGUCCAUUGUAAAAUCCAAUCCCGUUCCAAACCUGAAUUCUUUUGAUGAUGACGGGCACCAGAGCGAUUCACAAGUGCUCCCCAAGGAUGGCAGUGAAAAUGGAAAUGAUUGUAGUGAUGAGGAUACAGUAUUUGUCUCUGCAGAACCAUCUCAACCAAGCCCUACCCAUCAUACUGAAGAUGGCUGUGAAACUGAAAGUGGAUCCGAAACUUCGCCAACGCCUGCUGAAAAUUUUCUCUCUAGUGGAAGUAGGUUGUUGAUUGAUAGUUGUCCUUGCAAUGUUGUCUCCCAACUUUGCUCGUUUGCAAUUGGACUUCAAGACUCUAGCAUUGCUACUGGUCAAGCAAAAAUUAGCAGGAGCAAAAGCCUUCAAAUGAGUACUUCUGAUAUAGACAAGAGUUUCAAGAACGUGAUCGAGUUUCCAGUAGUAGGGCCUGCAGAGAAGAACAGGGGAACUGCGAUCAUUGGGCGUAUAAAUUCAAGAACAGAGUUGACUGAAGCUUGGCGUUGAAAGUCGUCCGAUUUUUUUCAUCUUGCUGCCUUGAGGGGCUGGGAUGACAGAAGAUAACUGGUGCUCCAACAAUGUUUCAAUUGUGAUUUCAGUAACUAUGAACCUCUUUGUGAGUUGCAUAAUUGCUGAUGAACAUAAAGGAGUGCAUGCAUAAGCUCUUUCCAGGAUAGCAAGGGUGUAAAGAGGUCUUUGUGUGUUCCCACGUUCUGGAAAGGCUUUACUGUGAUUUGGUGUGUAUUUUCUGUUUGUUUUUGGGUGUUUGCCUUAACCAUAUUUUUCAUUCUAUUUCAUUAACCUUUGCAGACUCGUAACAUUUUUUCUUUCUGGUUCAUGAAGUAUAGAGUUUAAUGAACUUCGAAA